AUGAACGCUACGAUAUGCGACUGUAGUCAGGCAAAAAUUAAAGGAUUCUUGAACUUCGGCGACGAAAAUUGCCAGAUUAUAGAAGAUCCAUCUCCCCCCCAAAAGGUUAUAUAUACCCUCUUGUCCCACUUACCAGAAGUUAAACGAUUCCUGGGAUAUAUGUGUAGCGUCUGGUAUGCCCAUCGUUCAGUUAACACAGAUUUCUUUGGUUGGCAUACACAUGGUCAAAGCAAAUGGCCAGCAGUAGCUACUCCAGAAAUGUUCAAACAAAUGAAAAAAUUCAGAAGAAGAUGUGGCGACUACGCAAUAAAUCCGGCGGGGACACGAAAAUUUACAUACGACCUGUAUCCUAACAUACAACCAUUGUGGAUGAGAACAAUAACCCAUAAGGUCAAACAGGUUGCCUCAACAAUAAAAGCAGAAAUUGAAGCCGCAGCCCAUGUCCAAUACACCAGAGACAUAGCAUUAGACUACGAGAAUAGACUGGCAAGAGAAAUUCGUCGGUUACAAUGUGAAAACCGAAAAAUGAACCAUCACAGCGUAAUCGUAAGCGCUCAGUACAAUGGCUGGUUAGCAGCUACUCACAUGCAACUUCCAAAAUGUUCAAAAUUAGUAGCCAACGGUGCCCAAGCUUCAGUCUUACAAUGUAGAGAACAAAAUGUAACCUCCCACACAGAAUUUACAAAAUGUGGUCCUCAACCACGUUAUCUCAAUUUUACAAUUGCAGUCGAAGGUUGGGAGCUCGUAUCCUUCACCAACUGCUAUUGGUAUUCAAAUUUUGUAAAUUUUAACGGAAAAACUCACGCUCACAAAAAUGGAGAAUGGAUUCCGGUGUUUGCAAACAUCCAAGUUCAAGGUAGAAAACUCAUUGAAACAGAGAAAUUCGAAGCCGACAAUACUCUAGCAACCCUCCUGCAAAUGCAACCAGCAAUUCAAAAUAGCCCUUUGAGUCAUGCGUCGGUAAUGGCUGACAUUCUCGCCACCAUUCAUGAGCAUCACUCAGAAGACAACACAAAAGAACUUCUCACUUCCAAUGUCCUAAUUCGCCAUAGCGAUGCCUUUCACGUAGAUUUUGUAGCCAAAAUGGGGGGUUGGAUAAAAAAUUUCGGAGCCAUUUCAGGCUUUGGGAUGAUUUCAGUAUUCGCUGUAAGAUUUUGUGGUAUCGGAUCCCUCCUACUCAAAGCCUUCCCAAUCAUGUCAAAAAUAUUUCAACUCAACUGCUUCAACAAAACACCACCAGCCAUUACUGCAACAGCCACACCACCACCGAUCCAAAUCAUUAUGCCUCCUACCAGUUCAUAUUCAACCCAAUCCACAGCCUCAAAACGAUCGACAGAGCCCCCACGGAGAAAGAAGAGACAGCGAAACCGCCAACGCCCUAAUCAGCCAGAAGCCGAAUCAUUCCUCCAAGAAAAUCGAAUCAAUCCUCCCACAUAA